AUGUCGAGUGCAGAAGAAGUGGACAGCACGCGGGGCAACAGAGCAUCAGCGCUUCUUAUUAAACCGAGCGGAGCAAAGCAAAAGCAGAGGAAGCAAAGCAGGCCCACGCGAGGUCAAACGGAGGCAAGAGAGCUGGAAGAUUUGUCUGCCCGCUCGUCAAAUAAUCGUACCCGUGCUGCUCAUGACUUGGCUGCGCGGCGGUUUGACCGCUUUCUAGGCAUUGAUAAUGGAGCGAGCGAAUCAGACAGCUUCACCAAUCGUUGGCCAGGCCCGCUAACGAUCGCCUCUCUAAAGGCCGAAGACAUCACAAAGGACAUGAUUGGUCGUUUUGCUGACUAUUUACUAGUCUACAAGGACCUGGGUCAGCUGCGUAAAUCACUCGAGAAAGAAUUUUACAACCGCUUGCCUGAGGGCGUCAGGCUCGUGGUCAACAGAGCUCCACUCAUGACACCUGAAGACCUUCGUUUGAUUGGAGGGGGGGUUAUUCGCUGA